AUGUUUCUCCUGGUGAUCUUUGGGGUUGUUAUGGCGAUGACCGUAACCCCGGGCAGCGCAGCGCGGGUCGUCAGUGGUCAGACGGUGUGUCUACGAGGUCCUGAUGGACCCUGUUAUAAGAUCGCGUUCUUCCACGAUGUGACGAGCCGGGUCUCCUUCAGAGAGGCGGGUCAGGCCUGCAAGACAGACGGGGGAGAACUGAUCAGCAUCAGGGGUCCAGAGGAGCAGAGGGACAUCGAGGAGCUGCUGCAGGAUCUGCGCUCAGGAGCCGUGGGAGGGGCAGGAGGCGGGAUCUCUGACGGGGAUUUCUGGAUUGGUCUCACCCGAUUGGACGGAGCUCUGAACCCUGAACUCAGCAACACCUUCACUUCCUGUCCUCAGCUCUACACCUGGACCGACGGAAGCCCCGCCUCCUUCAGGAACUGGUAUUUUGACGAGCCGUCGUGCGGGGGGGAAUCCUGCGUCGUGAUGUACCAUCAGCCCACAGCACUUCCUGGUCUGGGCGGGGCUUAUCUCCACCAAUGGAACGACGACCGCUGCAACAUGAAGCACAACUUCAUCUGCAAAUACCAACCAGAGAGCCAUGUUGUGAAGGAACCGGUUGAAACACCUGGGGGGCGGAGCACAGAGGCCCCUGCAGGUGGAGGUGAGGUCCGGGCGUCAGGCAGCGAGGACCUGGCAGGGGCUUCGGGCAUGCUGCUGGUCUACGUCAUAAUACCCAAUCCCCUGCUGCUGCUCAUCCUGGUGGCUUCUGGGACUUGUUGUUUCCAGAUGCUCAGCAGGAGUUCCCCGCGCACGAAGACGGCCCCCCCCACCCAGUCCACCCUCUGGAUCUCCAGCACUCAGAAACCAGAGAGCAUGGAGGUGUGA